AUGGAUCAGAAUUCUCUUGUAAAUUGGGACUUCUUUGGUGUCACAGAUCCUACUAUUGAGGAGGGACGUGGUUUGAGAAGUAGCCUUGAGUUGGUGAAAUCAGUUUCUGCCAAGCAUUUUGAUUUGAGGCCGUCAGUCCGAUAUCUUUCAAUGUUUAAAGGGCAAGCAACAGAUACAGGGGACCAUGAAAAAGGCAAGUAUACUCUUAUCAGGGAUGCAGAGGAAUUCCAAGGGGGAAUAUACGACAAACCCCUUCCUUGUUUUGGGUGUGGAAUAGGAUGGUUCUCGUUUCUGUUGGGAUUUGUGUGCCCGCUGUUGUGGUACUAUGCCACAAUUCUCUAUUUUGGAAAUUACUACCGGAAAGAUCCAAGGGAGCGAGCUGGCCUUGCUGCUUCUGCAAUUGCGGCGAUGGCCUGUUCAGUUGUGGCGUUGAUUAUUGCAGCAAUUCUUCUACUCUAG